UCACUGCCUCUGCCUGGUAGAGGCAGCAUAGCACUGAAGAAUCUCCCACAGCAGGACAUCACUGUCACCGUGCUCAAGGCCAGAGCCACCAGAAUGGUCUCUGGAGGCCCUCUGAGGGUGGGGGUGGUAGGUUAUGGCCGCCUAGGACAAUCCCUUGUGUCCCGCCUUCUGGCUCAGGGAUCCGAACUGGGCUUAGAACUUGUUUUUGUAUGGAACCGUGACCCUGGACGAAUGGCAGGGAGCGUGCCCCCUGCCCUGCAGCUCCAAGACCUUACUGCUCUUGAGGAAAGGCACCCUGACCUUGUGGUAGAAGUGGCUCAUCCAAAUAUAAUCCACGAAUCAGGGGUACAGAUCCUGCGCCACGCUAACCUCCUGGUGGGGUCUCCCUCAGCUCUGGCUGACCAGACCACAGAGCAGCGGCUCAUGGAGGCUUCAAACCACUGGGGUCACGCUGUGUUUGUGGCCCGAGGAGCCCUGUGGGGGUCUGAAGACAUUAGGAGAUUGGAUGAAGCCGGAGGCCUCCAGAGCCUUCGAGUCACCAUGGCCACACAUCCUGACGGCUUCCGGCUGGAGGGAUCCCUGGCUGCAGCACACAGCAGUGGGCCCCGCACAGUGCUCUACGAGGGUCCUGUGCGUGGACUCUGCCCCUUGGCCCCCCGAAACUCUAACACCAUGGCAGCCGCUGCCCUGGCUGCCCCCAGUCUAGGCUUCGACGGUGUCAUUGGGGUGCUUGUGGCUGACCUUAGCCUCACAGACAUGCACGUGGUGGACGUGGAGCUGAACGGCCCCCCAGACCCCACAGGCCACCGUUUCACCGUGCACACCCACAGGGAGAACCCAGCCCAGCCUGGCGCUGUCACCGGCUCUGCUACAGUCACAGCCUUCUGGCACAGCCUACUGGGCUGCUGCCAGCUCCCCUCCAGACCUGGGAUCCACCUCUGCUGACAAGUCUUCUCCCCCACUGCCCUUGCUGUCCCCUCGACCACUAUGUGUCUCAGUAAACAUCAGAAUUCUGCCUGCUGUUC